AUGAAGAACUUGCUACAGCUCUUGGUGGUAUUGCUGGCGGUGACGUUAGUACCGCUCACAUGGUACACCACGCUCAUGCCCCGUUGGCUGUCGCAGUCGGGUGAGCGCAACUCCACCGUCUACUACUCGCAGGGCAUGGGACUCUGGCUUAACUACACGGAACACGUGGGUGACCCGAGAUUCGACCCUGGAAAUUCGCUGUGGGUACCACCGCAAGAGAGCGGAGCGGAUACCUACAGCGCACAAUGGUACGUCGUACCCAAGUUCGGGCACGCUAAAACUGCUUCGAAUUAA